AUGUUUUAAGGAUUCAAAAAAUCAACUUCUAUUAAGAGUUCCUAAGAGUCUUUAUCAAAAUAAAAUUCCACUUCUCUGAAUCAAGAAAAGACAUUGAAUUAAUUAAGGUAAAAAAAAUGUGAUUUGGAGAAUAUAAUUGAAAAUUAUUGUUAAAGACUUGAGUAACUGGAUCUCUAAUGUAGAAAACAUAUUUCUUGUGGUAGAAAAACUGCUGCAAAAUGUUGUAUCAGAGAAAUGAACACUCUAAGAAAAUAAAUAGAAAUGUAUCACACUAAAAUUAAUGUCAUCAUAAAAAUCACUAUUUAAAUAGAAACGAUGCAUGAAGAUUAAGAGUUAGGAAAUCUGAUGGAAUAGGCUACAAGUUUAUUUCGAAAUUCAGAAGAAUUAAAUGAAUAACUUACAAAUAAUCUUUAAAAUUGGUAAGAGGUCUAAGAAUCAUAAAUAGAAAGAGAUAAUCUAUUCAAAGAUAUGGAAGAUAAGUGGAUUAAUAGUUAAGAAAUAGAUGAUGCAUUAAAUUAAUAUGAAGAAGAAAUAAAAUAAGAGAAAUUAAUACAAUAAUUUAAUACUGUGCCAAGCUAAAAGAUUUAAUCAGUCAAAUAAAACUAACAAGUUUAACAAAACUAAGUAAUAAAUGCAAAAGGAGAUUUGAUGUUGAAUUGA